GCUUCAGUCGCGCGUGGUCCACCUACAAUCACGCAUACACUUUACUCUUUUAUAAGCGUGCUUUUUCGAAUUUUUUCUAAUUUCUACUUUUCCUUCAUUUUUUUUUUUUUAUUUAUUUAUUUUUUUUUUUCUAUUCCAUCUUCAACCCCAUUUUACCACCAUCAUUACAAUUAAAUUAUAUUUUUUUGUCAUUUAUUUUCCUCCUUACAACCCUCCCCUUACCUCCUCCUCCUCCUCCCCUCCAACUCUCCUUCAUCACGUAGUUUCGAUCAUUAUUGUUUUUAUUAUCGUUUAUUUUAUUAUUUAAUAGUUUUUCUCUUGUUUUUUGUUUUUGUUUUUUUUUUUUUUGGUUUUUGUUCUCUUCCAUUUUAUCACAGGAAUUUUCGUUCAUCCUAAAUUAUUUUCAACUUGAGAGAAAGAGAAUUACGUUUGAGAAGGACAAGGACUAUAAUAUUAUCAUAAAAAUUAUAUUCUAACAAGAAAAGUUAUUAAAAAUAAGACAAAAGUUCUUUAAAAACUAACAAUAAGUGAAUAAUUUGUUGUUAAGUGUACGUCGUCGUGAAUUUUAGUGAAAAGAACAACAAAAAAAACACUAGACAGUGAAAGAACGGUUAUCAAUUAAAUAUUGUAAAAUAAGUCAAAUAAUAAUAAUCGAUACAAGUUCGAAGUGGAACUUUACGAGUAGAGACAAAGAUUUCUACAUAAAAGAAAGAAAAAAAAGAGAAAGAAAAAAAGUCAUCAUGGCGACCACGGAGAUAUUCCAGGAUUGGGAUUCUCCCCAUGAGAAUAUUUCUUCGAUGACUAGGACGACGACGACUACUCGUAAAACUACAACUAGACGUGAGACAUCUGCAUCAACCAAAACUACCACCAUGACAACAGCUGCUAAGUUAUAUGGCAAGGAUCUAAGUGAAUACGAAGAUAUUGAUGUCGAUGAAUUGCUGGCGCAGUUAACAUCUGAAGAGAUCAAUAUACUUGCCAAGGAAGUUGAUCCAGAUGACAGUUUUAUGCCUCCAUCACAGCGUUGCAGUUAUGAGUGCGACAAAAGUCCAACUGGUCCUCUUAAUCGAAAGAAACUCAUCGAACAUAUUAACAAACAAGCUUUGGAGACACCGGAUAGACCAGAAUUAAAACCAUAUGUACCUGGAGUUAUUAGAGGAAAGAAAUGGAUCCCACCAGUUCAGGAUAAUGCGAAAGAAAAAGAAGUCGAUGAGCAGAUAGCGAUAGAUCUUGGUGAAGAAUAUGAACAAGCAUUGUCUAAUGCAUCUCAAGAAGAAAUUAUUGAUCUUGCUGCCAUUCUUGGGUUCCACUCUAUGAUGAACCAGGAUCAAUAUCAUGCAUCUUUAUUAAAUUCUGGACAGCCUGUUGGAUUGGGCUGGGAUGGAGUGACGAAAGCUAGUCAACCAAAACCUUAUCCGAUGGAACCACCUAAUGAUACGGAUGUUGAUGCAACUAUCAAACAAGUUAGAGAUGACGAUUCUAAGCUAACCGAAUUAAAUUGGAAUAAUAUUAAAAAUAUCUCGGACGAGAAAUUUAUCCAAUUGUUCGAAGGAUUAGAAGGAAAUACGCAUCUCGAGUCAUUGAGUUUAACAAAUGUUGGACUUAACGAUAAAACCGCUCAAAGGUUGGCAGAUGCCAUGGAGAAAAACUCUACGCUUAGAGUAUUAAAUGUUGAGACAAAUUUCAUAAGCCCACCUGUGAUAGUUAGGCUCAUCAGAGCUCUUUUAAAGACCAAAUCUAUCGAAGAAUUUCGAUGUUCUAAUCAGAGAUCACAAGUUUUGGGUAACAAAAUUGAAAUGGAAAUUACACAAUUGGUCGAACAAAAUCCAACGUUAUUACGACUCGGACUUCAUUUCGAGUUCAACGAUGCCAGACAUCGCGUUGCUGCACAUUUACAACGUAACAUCGAUAGGAUCUGUCGUGUGGAACCUAUGGAACGCGCAAAGGUCGUAGCAAUCGGUGUGGGUCGUGACACGUUCACCGUUCUUCAUUUAGAUGAUCGAAAAAAUCGAGCCUAGCGCUGAAACACGGCGCAUACGGCAGUCCCGGCUCGGGGUGGCGACAUCUUAACGCGAGUGGCGUUCGC